GCUCUCGCAUCUGUUCCGACCUCAGAACGUCAGUCUCAGCAAUUAACCCCCAGAUUUCUCUGCAAUUGAUCAAAAUGGGCGGCGGCGGCAAGAUCCCCUACCCUAAGCACGUCUGGUCACCAGCAGGUGGCUGGUACUCUCAACCUUCGAACUGGAAAGCGAAUACGGCAGUCUUUGGGGUUGUCAUUGUCGGUAUUACGGCUAUGAUGUGGAAGUUGAGCGCAGACAGGGAGGUGCGGACAAGAUUUCCAGAAGAAGGACGAUUCUUCCCAAGCCGAUAUUGGAGCAAGCAAAUCAUCGAGCAUGAGAAGAGCGCAAAGGGCGGAUCAUAGAACGAUGUUGAGGACGAUAGACUUGUACAUAUCUCGGGAGUCUUGAAUGGAUUGGGUCCACGCAACAUAAGAACCGAUAAUUUCUGUGAUUGUGAUUUAUGUUGCUCCACAGGGACUGAAUUCUGAAUUUUGGGAGGAUAGCGCAAGCUAUACACCGUGAGAUUCGGAGUGGAUCCUCUUCAAGC